UGUUUGGGUUACACAAGGCGGAAGUGAGAGCCCUGUGAACCUGAAAAGUGUCGAGCAAGAAUAACUUGUUAAUGAAGAACAGCGGCUGUUCUAAAGAAGUUACGAGACUCGAAAUUGGUUCUUGGGUACAGCACUUUAUCCCGAUUCCCUCAUUUCACCAUUAGUGCCUGUGCAUUUGGAGCUGGAUUUGAUGUGCCAUCGACCAGCAGGCCCCACCAGCCAUAAUUUCAUUCCCGCUCAGGCGCUUUCAUCCAAGUAGUCUUCAUCUUCUUCAAUGACGGGUCGUGGCGGAGGAGGGGCCAGGCCUAAUGGCCCUGGAGCAACUAACAAGAUUUGCCAAUUCAAGCUGGUGCUGUUGGGGGAAUCGGCAGUGGGCAAGUCUAGUUUGGUGCUACGUUUUGUCAAAGGCCAGUUCCAUGAAUACCAGGAAAGCACCAUUGGAGCUGCCUUCCUCACCCAGACAGUCUGUCUUGAUGACACCACGGUUAAGUUUGAGAUCUGGGACACAGCAGGCCAAGAGCGCUACCACAGCCUGGCUCCGAUGUACUACAGAGGAGCCCAAGCAGCCAUUGUCGUCUAUGACAUUACCAACACAGACACUUUCACACGAGCCAAGAACUGGGUAAAGGAGCUGCAGAGACAAGCCAGUCCGAACAUAGUGAUUGCUCUGGCUGGCAACAAAGCUGACAUCGCCAACAAGAGAGCUGUGAACCUUCAGGAAGCACAAGUGUACGCUGAUGACAAUGGUCUGCUGCUCAUGGAGACCUCUGCCAAGACUGCAAUGAAUGUCAAUGAAAUCUUCAUGGCUAUUGCCAAGAAGCUACCCAAGAGUGACCCUCAGGGUGGAGGUGGACCAGGGGGCCGGGCGAGGACAGGAGUGGACCUGCAAGAGCCCCCUCCACAGAGCCGCAGCAGCCAGUGCUGUGGUGGAAGCAACUAGCAAGAAAAAAACAUGAACUUAGUGAGCGAGCCCUGAUGAACAUCUGUUUUAAGGACAACAGCUGACUAAAGCCCAGAGGAGAGAGAAGGGGCCGAAUCACUCUCCAUUCCUGCACUUAAACUGAGAUUACAGAUGAGAUUAUCUGGAUCCCUUCUGAUCAAAAGGAACUUUUUUUUAAAACAAAAAUCAUAAGCUAGAGGGAAUUUCUGACAUCCCUCAUUUCUAUCUUUUCCUUUGAUAUUCUAUCUAUCUACCUCCCUGUCUACCUUUAUCUGGCUGUUAACCUGUCCUCAGUUGAUUUAAUUCUGUCUUAAAUUAUCUUUAAGGAUGAUGGUUGUGUAUCAUUUUGCUCUCCUUGUGUGUGUGCGUGUGUGUGUGCG